AGGUUCCGAAUCUCUACAAAUCUUCCCGAUAUCCACCCUCAGUCUUUCGGCGCAUUUCUUGGGGCAUGAGGGGACGAGAGAGAUUGAGAGGGAAAUCUAAAUAAAAUUACUCGCUUCUGUCUUCAUCUCAUCUAGUUAUUUUAUUGUUUCGGUUCGGAUUGCAGGAAUAUAAGAGAUCAAAAUGAAGAUGACCAGACUGGUUGUUUUUGGAGUUCUGCUUUGCACAGCUCUUGCUACGACACUGAAAGUGAAAGAGGAGUCCCUCACGGCGUUCCUCCUGGAGACCUUCGACAUCAUCGUGCCGUCGGCGGAGACGACGGAGGUGCUGUUCAAGCCCAGCCGCGUCCCGGCGGCCAAAGAGCAGGUGCUGAUGAGCGGGGGGCAGCUUCAGAGCCCCAGGGUGGAGCUUCGCGGCCGGAACCACCUGCGGGUGACGGAGGUGGGGCUGAACGACAGCGGCACCUACAUCGUCAAGUACAGCGACGAGCCCGGGGACGUCAAGCACAUCGUCCUGGCUGUCAGAGACUGCUUCGUUGACAAGAAUGUGAAACCCGGGGAAAGCUUCACCAUCUCCCUGAAGAACAUCUCUGGGCCGGUGUCCCUGGAGUUCAGGCCCGGCCCCGAGGGCAACGCGACCGCGGGCUCCGUGGUGCACGUGCUGGAGCGCAGCUGGACCCCCGCGGGCGAGUACGCCGCCCGCCUGACCGCGCUGGAGCAGCAGCUGACCCUGCACGCCGUGACGCCGUCGGACGAGGGCAGCUACGCCGUCCUGGACUCCGAGGGCCGCCUGAAAAAGAAAGUGUGCCUCAACGUGAAAGAGCACCAAAACUUUGUCACAUUGCCCUACAGUGGGACUUUGAAAAUCAACCUGAUCCUGAACAGCACCAAGGUCAAAGUGCUGUACACCCCCAACUAUGACUUCAAAGGCCGGGUGAUUCUGGAUCAGGGGGUGCUGGCGGUCCCGAUGGACCCCUCCCUGGAGGGCAGGCUGUCCCUGCAGGGCUCCACGCUCAUCCUGGAGCGGGUUCGGGCCAGCGAUACCGGGACCUUCAGCGUGAUGGACCUGCAGGGGUUCCCUGUGUCCAACGUCUACCUGGAGGAGGUGGAAGGGUAUAAGCUGCCUCCCCUCGUCGUGGCGGUCAUCUCGCUGCUCUCCCUGCUGGUCUUCCUGCUCUUCGUGUGCCUGGUCUCCUGCCUGGUGAAGGUGCGCCGCCGGGCUCUGAAGGCGAGGGCCAUCGAGAAGAUCGCCCAGAACGCGGGCAAGGACGAGGGCGACGCCUUCCGACAGGUGGUUCAGCACGCCUACACGCGGUUCAAUGAGGAAUCCACCACACAGUCCCAGUGCGACAGCAGCACUAUGAAGACGGAGGUGGACAUUAAGGGUCUGGAGGUGUCCAAGAACCUUCUGGAAAUGAGUGACUCAGGGGUAGAAUUCAGCGCCCCAGGCUUACCACAGGAUAGUGACACGGACGCGCCCCCAAGCUACACCUCUCCAAAAAUCCAAGUGGAUUCAGGUCACCUGAACAGUACUGCAGUUCCCGAAGCCAAGCCAAGCAUUAACCAAACACCAGACUCCAAGCCAAGCGCUAACCAAAUACCAGAAUCCAAGCCAAUCAUUAACCAAAUACCAGAAUCCAAGCCAAGCAUUGACCAAACCCCGGACUCCAAGCCAAGCAUUAACCAAACACUGGAUUCCAAGCCAAGCGUUAAUGAAACACCGGACUCCAAGCCAAGCAUUAACCAAACCCCUGACAAAACUCCUGAUGCCAAACCGAGUACUGACCAGACCCUCGAUUCGAAGCCAAGCGCUGAGCAAACCCCUGAUUUUAACCUGGGUGUGAACGGAGCCACUGGCAGCGAUUCCAAGCCUAGCAGCGGUGCUGCUCCAGAGCCUGCUGUCAAGGUCGCUCCUGAAGCUGCCCCGCCCGACGCCGCCGCCCCUGAACCUGCCGCGAAGAGUCCGAAACCCGGCGUGAGCGACGCUCCCGCGUCCGAAGCUAACGCGGGCGCAGCCCCCGCCCAGGACGGCCCCAGCGGCGGCCCUGCGUCUGAAGCCCUCCUGGAUGCUGCCCCGCCGGGCCAGGGCUCCGUCAGCCCCGUUCAGGACGCUAGCAAGGAGAAAGCCGCCACAUGAAAAGGCCUCUCCCCCCCCAACCCCCACCCCCCCCCCCCC